AUGGCGGACAAUUCUCCCAAUCCGGUUCCCUUCUCGGAGCCUCCCUACUUGCGUGGUCUUCCGUCCCCGUAUAUCACAGACGCACAUCGCGAAUUCCAGAAGCGAUGCCGCAGGUUCAUGUGGGAGAAUUUGAUUCAACAUGCCAUGGAAUGGGAGAAACUGGGUACAGUCCCAGAGCAUGUGUUCCAUACGUUCUGCAAAUACAAUAUGUUGUUACCGAACAUGCCCGCUCCGUUGCCCGUGGACUGGCUCAAAAGAUUGGGGAUUGAUGACAUCCUUGGUGUCAAGGUAGAGGAUUGGGACUACAUCUAUACCGGAAUCUACUGCGAUGAGCUUAAUCGUUCCGGCCUAAGUGGACCUGGAGGAUCUCUCAACGCUGGGUUUGCCUUUGGCAUCCCGCCCAUCGUCAAGUUCGGAAGCAAAGAACUCCAGGAACGAUUUUUGCCUGACCUCUUGACUGGCCGAAAGCGCGCAUGCAUUGCAAUCACUGAGCCAGAAGCUGGCAGUGACGUUGCGAACAUUGUCACCACUGCCACGAAGAGUGCAGAUGGAAAAUACUACAUCAUCAAUGGAACCAAGAAAUGGAUCACAAACGGUAUUUGGUCUGACUAUGCCACAAUGGCUGUACGGACGGGUGGGCCCGGGCCUUCGGGUCUGUCAGUGCUGGUCGUGCCCCUGAAGAAUCAUCCAGGCGUGACGAUGCGACGAUUGAAGGUCGCCGGCCAAGUUGCUGGUGGUACCACCUACAUUGAGCUUGAUGAUGUGAAGGUGCCGGUCUCCAAUCUCAUUGGCAAAGAGGGCCAAGGCAUGCGUCUCAUCAUGACCAACUUCAACCACGAGCGGCUUGUCAUUGCCAUUGGUGUGACUCGUGCCGCUCGCGUGGCUCUCUCUGCUGCCUUUUCAUACUGCCUCAAGCGGGAAGCCUUUGGCAAGACCUUGAUGGACCAGCCUGUGGUGCGACAUCGCUUGGCCAAAGCAGGUGCUGAGCUGGAGACCAUGUCUGCUUGGGUCGAGCAGAUCUUGUAUCAGCUGUGUCACCUCAGUAAGGAAGAAGGGGAUCUGCAACUCGGAGGUCUAACUGCUAUGGCCAAGGCCAAGUCCGCGAUGGUACUGAAUGAAUGUGCUCAAGUGGCCGUGCUUCUGUUCGGUGGCAAUGGAUUCACUCAAGCCGGCCAGGGCGAGCUUGUUGAAGCGAUCCUGCGGGAUGUUCCCGGCGCUCGUAUCCCUGGUGGAUCCGAGGAUGUUUUGCUGGACCUCUCAGUGCGCCAACUGGUCAAGAUUUAUCAAGCGCAAGAGAAGAAACUGUCACAGUCGUCCAAGAUCUGA